AUGGCGCAGUCCAUGCUCAUGUCGACCAGCGUCAACGGCGGCCGCGCGCUGCCGUCGCUGCAGACCGGCCGGCCGGCGCCAUACCCGCUGCUACCGCUGCCGUCGUCGUCGGGCCACAGGCACUCCAAGUCCGUCUCCGUGAAGACCCUCGCCCUGUUCGGCAAAUCCAAGGUCAAGACCGCGCCGUCGAAGAAGGCUGCUGCGCCCAAGCCCAAGCCGAAGGUCGAGGAUGGUAUCUUCGGCACAUCCGGCGGGAUCGGUUUCACCAAGGAGAACGAGCUGUUCGUCGGCCGUGUCGCCAUGCUUGGCUUUGCCGCAUCGCUACUUGGAGAGGCCAUCACCGGGAAAGGCAUCCUUGCCCAGCUGAACCUGGAGACGGGCAUCCCCAUCUAUGAGGCGGAGCCCCUGCUCCUCUUCUUCAUCCUCUUCACCCUCCUUGGCGCCAUCGGCGCUCUCGGGGACCGUGGUAGGUUCGUCGACGAGGAGGUCACCGGCCUGGACAAGGCCGUCAUCCAACCCGGCAAGGGCUUCCGCGGCGCCCUCGGCCUCAGCGAGGGAGGGCCGCUGUUUGGGUUCACCAAGUCGAACGAGCUGUUUGUGGGGCGGCUAGCGCAGCUGGGCGUGGCCUUCUCCAUCAUCGGUGAGAUCAUCACGGGGAAGGGCGCGCUGGCGCAGCUCAACAUCGAGACGGGGGUGCCCAUCAACGAGAUCGAGCCGCUCGUCAUCUUCAACGUCCUCUUCUUCUUCGUCGCCGCCAUCAACCCCGGCACCGGCAGGUUCAUCAGCGGCGAAAGCGAAGAAGAGUAG